CCGAAAAAUGAUCAGCACCCUCCUCCGUCUAUCCUUAUUCCCAUUCCCCCUUCUCUCUCACUCUCAAGCACAUAAAAGCCUCGAGAGCAAUAAAAUGUCAUUUUAACCAAAAAAACAAAAAACAAAAAACAUAGUACAAUUCCUAUUCCUCCUUUUUCUCCUCCUCCUCCGUCUAGCUUCUUAUUCCUCAAUCCACACCAAAGUACUUAUAAUCAUAAUAAACGACACCAAAAAAUGAGCCAGUGUGUUCCUAGCUGGGAUCUCGACGACAGUCCUCCUGCCAGGCUUCCCCUUCGUUCCCGCUCCCACUCCAUCGCUCCUCAUGAUGUCCCUGCCUUGUUAGAUUACGAGGUGGCAGAGUUGACAUGGGAAAACGGGCAGAUAGCCAUGCACGGCUUAGGGCCACGGCGCGUACCAAACAAGCUCUUAACCAACACUACUUCCACCACCACUGCUACUCCAACUACAAAUUCCCAUGCUUGCAAGUACACCACCGCCACCGCCACCACCGCGUGGGAAAAGCCAAGCGCCGGCGGAACCCUAGAGUCUAUAGUCAACCAAGCCACCAGGUCAUCAUUCCCCCACAAGCCUCCCUCCUCCGCGAAUGCUGAAUUAGUCCCGUGGUUCGACCACCACCACAACGCCGCUGCCGCCGCUAUGACGACCAACAUGGACGCUCAAGUCCCUUGCUCCAACCGACACCACCACCACAACGACGUCGUUUCUCGCCGUCCCUCCGCCAGAGCGGGCGGCGGCGGAGUGAAUAUCGGGUCGUUAUACACGCAGGUUUCAUCGUGCAGUGGCGCCGCAACAAGGGACGAGAAUAAUAAUGCGGCGGCGGGGCAGCAGAUGAAACGCGCCAGGGUGGCGGCGCGUGUGCCGCCGGAGUGGAGCGUGAGCGGCACGAGCGGGAGCCACCAGGUGACGAUGGAUCAGUACUCGUGCGAGAGGGAUUUUGGCGUGGGUUUUAUGACUUCGACUUCGCUCGGGUCGCCGGAGAAUGCCAGCUCCGGAAAACCGUCCACCAAAGCCGCCACCGCCACCACCACCGCAGCAGACGACCACGAUUCUGUUUGUCACAGUAGACUCCAGAGGGAAUCAGGUGAUGAGGAAGAGGAGGAGGAGGACAAAAAGAAGGGGAGUGGAAAAUCCUCAGUUUCAACUAAAAGGAGUAGAGCUGCUGCAAUACAUAACCAGUCUGAACGAAAAAGGAGAGAUAAGAUCAACCAACGGAUGAAGACGCUGCAGAAGCUGGUCCCGAAUUCCAGCAAGACUGAUAAAGCUUCAAUGUUAGACGAAGUGAUUGACUAUUUGAAGCAAUUGCAAGCUCAAGUCCAAAUGAUGAGUAGAAUGAACAUGCCUGCCAUGAUGUUGCCAGUGGCCAUGCAACAACAACUUCAGUUGUCAAUGAUGAGCCAUAUGGGCAUGGGAAUGGGAAUGGGCAUGGGCAUGGGCAUGGACAUGAACACGAUGGGCCGGCCCAACCUACACGGCAUCUCGCCGGCGGUUCUCCACCCAAACCCGUUCAUGACGAUGGCUCAAUGGGAUGGCUCCGGCACCGUCGAUGGCCGAUUACAACCCCAAAUGGCGGCAGUAAUUCCGGACCCCUUGUCACAAUUCUUUGCUUGCCAAUCACAGCCGAUGACGACGGAGGCUUAUAGUAGGAUGGUUGCAAUGUAUCAGCAGCUUCAUCAACCUCCAGCUUCAAGUUCUAAGAGUUAAUCAUGGAUGCUCCAAUAUUUCUACAUUAAAAGGCCAAAGGCCAUAGGCAAAUUUCCAUUGGGAUUCAGAAGAAGAUGAUCAUAAUCAGGAUUUAUUAUGUGUUGCGAUUCUUACUUUUAGUGGGAGCAAUUUAUGUGAAUAUGCCUCUUCUUCGGGUGUCAGGAAACUAAUGUGGUGCAUUUUUGUACAAUUUUAAGCUUGUACUCUCAUAUGACAUAUUGAGUUCGUAAAUCUUUU